UGGCCAGCUUUUACAUCUUAUUAACCACUAUAGUGCAAAGUGCUGCCAAUGGUGAUCAAAUCUUCUGUUAUUUGUGGGUGUAUGGUACAGAAUAUUUAUUGGUAGGAGGUUUUGGUUUGUCAGAAGUUUUCUGGGUAUCAGGUAGACCACAUGGCCUCCACAUUUGCCCUCAUGCCAACAAAAAUCACAGGAGCUACAUCCAGUUUCUAUGCUUGCACUGCAGGUACCAUUGCACGUCCAGCUUCGCCUUUUCUUCACUGCUUUGUGCUUCUACCUACACGUCAUGUGUAGCCCACCUUUGCGCUUCCACCUCAGAUGUCAUGAGGCUGAGGCAGAGCCUUGCACGGAGCAGUGGAGUGUCUUUGGGUUUGCAGCACCAGGGCAGAAUGGCCAUGAGGAACAUUCAGAGGCAAAUGCAAAGAAUUUUCUAUUUUCCUGUUUGUUUGGGUUUUUUUUUUUUCCUGUUUGUUUGGGUUUUUUUUUUCCUGUGUUAAGGAAAUGAAUACCAAAUCCAGCCCUUCCACUCUAAUAAACUUGGAGAACUCCUGUCAGCCCCCGUGCCUCUGGCUCCCUGAGGUUUGCUGCUGCUAGCACUGGGGGAGAAGGAGUUAAGUUUGCAUUAAACAGCAGCCCAGCUGCCUGCAGAGGUUCCGAUGCCACUCUUUAUUCCACAAUGUUUGAUGGCUGAUGAAAAGCCAGCUCCAAAUUCACGUGGCACUUUCUAAGCCAAGGACAAAAUUCCAUCUGGCUGCCUGGGUUCAUCGUCUCAGAACGAGCCGCCUUUGGGUUGGGCAGGCAGCUCUUCACUUCUUGCAGUUUCUUGCGGGACUUUGCAGACCGGGAUAUUCCUGGCUGGGUUCCAGGCUGGUCAUUCCCGGGGCUCUGCUCCCAGCCAGGGGUGCCGGGCAGCCCAGGCUCCCGGCCGGUGGGCGCUGCUGGGCCAAGGGACGGCUCUGUCCCCUGUCCAUCCCUCGCAGGUGGAUCUGUAGGAGAGGCUUGGCUGCCUCUGCCAUGGGAGUGAGCGCUCAGCCAGCACGGGGCGGGACGGGAAGCGCGGCCAGGAGCAGUGGGCUCCAGUGCAGGGCUGCAAGCGGCUGGGGCAGGCGCUUACCUUCUCCUAACUCCUCCUUCUGCAGAGCUCCGCUCCGGGCUGUUCCUGCCUCUCCUGCGGGGCUCUCUCGCAGCCCGAGAUCUCCCCUGGCUUUGGGCGCUGAAGCGACCCAGCAGCACGUUCUCCCAAAAUGUUGGAAAAUAAAGUGUUCCUGUCAUUCACGUUCUACAGCACAAUUCUAAUUUUAAAAAUGUAUGUCGUUGCCAUCAUUACGGGGCAAGUGAGACUCAGAAAGAAGGCAUUUGCAAACCCAGAGGAUGCCCUGCGCAAUGGGGGGCUGCAGUUCUGCCGCGAGGACCCUGACGUGGAGCGGUGCCGCAGGGCCCACCGCAAUGACAUGGAGAACAUCUUUCCCUUCCUCUUCCUCGGAGCCAUCUACUCCCUGCUGGAUCCCAGUCCCGCAGUGGCCAGGAUCCACUUCCUCAUCUUCUGCGUGGGACGGAUCAUCCACACCAUUGCCUACCUGCUGCAGCUGAGGGCACCCACACGCUCCGUGGCCUACAGCGUGGCCCAGCUGCCCUGCUUCUCCAUGGCCCUGCAGAUCCUGCUGGCCACCACCCCGUACUGGUAACAGCCAGGGAGACCGACCACCCAAACCCCCUCAUCCUGAUUCUCCUGGGCCCCCCUGGAGUGGGAGAGAGUGAGUGAGAGUGUGUGUGUAUGUGUGUGAGAUGUCACCAGGGAGGUCAUCUGCACCCUGAGGACGUUCAGUGCAGCCUUGAUGAAAUUCCACUGCCAUCGGAAUUUGUCAGAGGAGUCACCAGAGAGCAGGAACAUGCAGGAAGGGGAUGUGGAGGCAGGUUUGUCUCUCUCCUGCUGAGGAUGAGAGGUGGAAAGCACGUGGACUACCCCUUGAGGAAGGGGUCACUGAGGGAAAGGUUUUCUGUGUUUGGAAAUGUGACUGUGACCUUUUCCUCCUGGUCAUGAAUAUCCCAUGAAUCAGGCAGGCAAAAUCAUGAGCGUCCCAUAAAGUCUCUUAGUCAGCAGAUGUGGUUGGUAGCAGAGGUUAUAAAGCAGCCACCCUUCUCCUGCCCAGCCAUGUGCAUGUCUGGGAAUGUCAGUCCCUUAGGAUUUAGUCCCUUAGGUUCCCUCUCCACCAAGGAGGACAGGAGGCAGGUGCCUUCCAGGCAGGCAGGCAGAAAAGUCCAAAUCUCAUGGGUGACAUUGUGAAGCCAUUGGAGCAUUCAGUGCUCCCAGUGCCACCCCGUGUCACACCACAGCACACAGCUCCCUGCCAGGAGCCCCACUGCAGGCAGGACCCUGCAGCUCCUGGCAGCUCCCAGCCAGCAGCAGCUGUGGCUUUUCCAUCUCAGCCUCACCACAGCAAGAUGCAGAGUGACACGCCUGGAGAAAACAGCAGGAAUCCUUUACCCUGGACACACAGCCUGAACACAUUUGCUGGACACAAGGUUCUGGGACUUCUGGAAUGCCUGAAAUGCUGGCACAAAACAGGAGAUUUGCAGACAGAGUUUUCUCCCAAAGGGCAGUCUAGUCCACAUGCCACUAAUACCUGAAAAUGCCCCAGAGCGUCAGACUGUUUCUCCCCCUGAGUUUCUCCCCGCUGUUUGUAGCCUUUCUCUUGCCCGUUGCUAUUUGGGAAAUGUGCCCUGAUUGCCUUAGGGGGGUUUUCUUUCAGCUGUUUCCUGCUGUCCACUGCUGCCACGCCAUUCUCAGCCUGGAGCAGCUGGCGUUUGCAGAAAGCUCUGGAAAUGAGCAGAGGGGCUUUGAAGGGAGCGUUGCUGCUCUGCAGGGUCACCCAACAGUGUCGUGUUGGAGAGGAGAGGCUGGGACCAGGGUACUGCAUGGUGACAAGGGCCAUGAGCUCCUCUGCCACACAGCUGUCCCCGGGUGUCAGGGGCUGCUCCCAGCAGCAGCAGCAGCAAAGGAGCAUCCCUCUGGAGGAGAAGGCAGGAAGAAACCUCUGCUCUUCAGUGCCUCCUCCCUCCUCUGAGGCAACACAGAAUUUGAAUAGCAUCACAGGGGCAAGCCAGAAUGAGCAGAAAAUAAAUUCCCCUUCCACCUGUCCUGUGCACUAAGGCUGUUCCCUGGACUCUGCUCUCCCCAGAGCUGCUCUUGCUGAGCCCUCACUGAGCACUGGGGACACACCUGCUCAGACUGAUGCUCAGCUUUUGCUCAGCUCAAGUAGAAGAUUCUGUACCAGUAACUCCAUCCCAGUGCAGUUGUGGCCUCAGGCUGAGCUGUGUUGGUAAAGUUUGGAGUGGAAUUUUUUGCUCUCCCACUGCGAGGAAGGUGGCCAGGAUUGCAGGUUCAGCACUUCACUCUUGGCCACUUCUUCCCACAGAUAUCUGGGUAACACAGACCCUUCUUAACAAGUCUUUUGUGCCUCACGUGGUGCACAAGGUCUUGCACUCCUGUAUGUUUCUCUGCUGCUGCACAUGCAUCCUGGUGGCAGGAAGCAAAUAUUCCCAAUAAAAACAAAUCAUUGUCCUC